GCCUCGUCUUGGGCGACUGUGGCGGCGGUCGCCGUGAUGCCUGCGGGGCUGGGCGGCUGACGACGGAGUAGGAACGGGCCCUCGGCCCAGAAUUUCGGCGCCCGCUGUUCGAAAGAGGCCUGCGCCAUGGCCACCUCUGCCGCCUCCUCGGAGCAUUUCGAGAAACUGCACGAGAUCUUCCGCGGCCUCCAUGAAGACCUACGAGGGGUGCCGGAGCGGCUCCUGGGGACCGCAGGGACAGAAGAGAAGAAGAAGUUGAUCAGAGAUUUCGAUGAAAAGCAACAGGAAGCAAAUGAAACGCUGGCAGAGAUGGAAGAGGAACUACGUUACGCUCCCCUAUCUUUCCGUAACCCUAUGAUGUCUAAGCUUCGAACCUACCGAAAGGACCUUGCUAAACUCCAUCGGGAAGUGAGAAGUACGCCUUUGACAGCCACUCCUGGGGCCCGAGGAGACACGAAAUAUGGUACAUACACUGUGGAGAAUGAGCAUAUGAAUCGGCUACAGUCUCAAAGGACAUUGCUUCUGCAAGGCACUGACAGCCUGAACCGGGCCACCCAGAGUAUUGAGCACCAGAUUGGCUCAGAAAUCAUAGAAGAGCUGGGGGAGCAACAUGACCAGUUGGAACGUACCAAGAGUAGACUGGUAAAUACAAGUGAAAACUUGAGCAAAAGUCGGAAGAUUCUCCGCUCAAUGUCCAGAAAAGUGACAACCAACAAGCUGCUGCUUUCCAUCGUCAUCUUACUGGAGCUAGCCAUUCUGGGAGGCCUGGUUUAGUACAAAUUCUUUGGCAGGCAUUGAACCUCCUACAGGGAAGGGUUUGUGGACCAGAACUAUGACUUCGUGAAUGAAUGGCGUUAGAGGUGUGGAAAAAAUCUUAUUGCUGCUGUGAACUAGCGGUUCAAGAAGGCACUAUGUAGCCAGACUGUGGGUGGAGGGAGGAAGACGGAAAACCACUGAUACGUGAAGGAACAGCAAUAAGACCAGUAUGAUAUACCAAGGUAAUAAAUGUCGUUUAUGACUUCUUUAA